AUGCCCAAACUACACCGUAGUGGGCGGGCAUCCAACGGCACAGGCAGAGAUAAUCUUCCUAUUUUGCCUAUCCGGAAUGACCUACUUGAACCCACGCCCCCCGGAACAACAAACCCCCUCCGCACCUCCCCCACUUACUACAGUGAACCGUGCUCACGGCCGGAGAAUUCCUCACCUGUGCCCCUCUUCAACAACACCGCAAAUCCAACGGCCACCGCCUCUAUCUUCAUCGAGUUAGUAUGCUAUAAAGACAACUCCGAACAUGUUAAUUCUAUUGAUAGGUCGCGUGGCACACUAUUGAGCUUUUUAGCCCGGAUCCGAUCCAACGAACGCCCUUACCGCGAAUUUGCCACCCACAAUUCAAUAUCUGCCAGCGGCGAUAUCGAUAGUGAUAAGUGGUACAAAGAUGAACUUCCCUCGCGCCGCCCCACAACAAGAUACCUAAUACGCAAUACACGAUCUUUACAUAGGCGAUCGAGACCGAGCAAGGGCCUCCAGGAGAGGGAAAGGGGGGGGGGGGGAAGAACCGACGAAGAGCCUUAG